AUGUCCUUGUAUCACGAGACUGCCGACAUAUUGUCCAUCCCAGCUGAUGCUGGUGGCAAUCUCAAAAGCCGUAUUUUUGGCAAGAAGGAUCACAAGACAUCACCUCAGCAGAUCUACGCAUUGGCCGCAGAGACCUGCAAGUGGAGCGCUGUACUCAAGGAGGUCAUUGACAAUGCUGGCAUCCUGCGCAUGGAGCGCAAGGCAAGUCUUUCCGCUCCACUGACUCCCAUACUCAGUCUCCUCCUUGUCCACGAUCUGCUCCUGUCCAAGAGUGGCGUGGCUCUGCCUGCUUCACACGGGCUCAGGCUCUCAGUCGAGCGACACAAGACACGGCUCAAUGCAGAACUGACACGAGUUCGCCUGAGGAGGAAGGCGGCGUCGCUCGAUGCCCUGCGGUUGCAGGUCGAGACUGCUUUUGCUCAAGCAUCACCAAAGUAUCCACGCUGGAUCCGCAUCAACGCGCUCAAGACCACCCUGGACCAUCAGCUGAAGACCACGUUCAAAGACUUUACUAGAGUGCAUGCAAUCGGGGAGGUUUCUUCCGCAGUGAGUCACAAUUUAUACAUCGACGAGCAUGUCCCAAACCUUGUGGCUGUGUCGCCUGGCUUCGAGGUCCUCAAGACGAGUGCGUACAAGUCAGGGGCCAUCAUUCUCCAGGACAAGGCUUCCUGCUUCCCAGCCUAUCUACUGGACCCUCGGUUAGAAGACGGUCAUGUCAUUGACUCGUGUGCCGCACCGGGUAACAAGACGACUCAUCUCGCCGCCAUACUCUCGUCCCGUACUGUUGUGCCCGAGGGUCCACCUCCCAAAGUCUUUGCAUUCGAGCGCAACGGGCAUCGGGCCAAGACUCUGGAGAACAUGGUGACCUUAGCUGGGGGUGAUGAAAUCAUUGACAUCACACCUAAGCAAGACUUUCUCAAAGUUGACCCCGACGCCAAGCUCUAUCAGGACGUAGGCUGUUUGCUUCUAGAUCCCAGCUGCUCCGGCAGCGGCAUCGUUGACCGAGAGGGCCUGCCUCCCAUCCAUCUUCCCGGUCUCACCGGCUCUGCAGGCCUGAAGCCUGAAAGAAACCAGAAUCGCAAGCGCAAGCGCAAGGGCGAUAAAGACUCGGGCCCAGAUGAACAGAUCCUAGUUGACGACGACGGAAAACAGACUGUCAUUACAUCCGAACAAGAACUGCUCUCACGGCUUGACACACUCUCGUCGUUUCAGUUCAUACUCUUGCAGCAUGCGUUCAAAUUCCCGUCGGCUCGGAGGAUAACGUACUCGACUUGUUCAGUUCACUCCCAGGAGAACGAGGAAGUGGUCGUCAAAGCAUUGCAGUCGGAUGUUGCAAAAGCACGGGGGUGGCGCAUCCUGACCCGUGACCAACAAGUCAGCGGCAUGAAAGAAUGGCCGGUCAGAGGCUCCGUCGAUGCGGCUCAUGGCAACGAGACGAUCGCGGAUGCCUGUAUACGCACAUACCGAGAUGACGGCCGGGGCGUCAUGGGCUUUUUUGUGGCUGCUUUUGUUCGUGAUGGGUCACUGGCGAGUCAUGAUGCUGGAGAGUCGAAUUCAGUAGCAUGGCGAAAUCAACCGACAGCUAGGGAGGAAGAGCCAGGCAGUGACAAUGAUGAAGACGAAUGGGGAGGUUUCCAGGAUUGA